AUGGAUAUUAAAUACAAUGAUAACUUUAUUCAUCGUAAAUGGAAAGUGAAAGAGGAUGUGGUCAUCUCGGGAAUGUCUGGACGAUUCCCGAAAUCAGAAUCGGUGGAUGAGCUUGCUGAUAAUCUGUUCAAAUCUGUUGAUAUGAUGACCGGAGGAAAUGAUCGAUUCCGUUCAGGUCAUCAUGGUUUACCUCAAGCAAGUGGAAAAGUUUGUAAUCUAAACAAAUUCGAUGCUCAAUUUUUUUCGAUUCCUGAAUAUCAAGCUCAUCAUAUGGAUCCACAAUUGAGAAAGUUACUGGAAGUUACUUAUGAGGCGAUCAUUGAUUCGGGUUUGUCAAUUGAAACGUUAAGAGGUUCUAAAACUGGAUUUUUCUAUGGGUCGUCGUUUGCUGAGACCGAAAUAGCUUGGGGGGAGCCACUUGAGUAUCCUGAAUACAAACAAAUGUAUACGACAUUGAUUCCUUAUAUUUUCGAUCUGAAAGGACCAGUGUGUCACUUUGACACCGCCUGCGGGUCAAGUUUCGCUGCUCUAAAUGAAGCAUUUACAGCUAUUAAGUUAGGGAUUUGUGAUAAAGCUUUGGUCGCUGGAUUCAACAUUUGCUUAGUACCAGCGGUCACUUUGCAGUUUCGUGACCUACAAAUGGUCCGUUAUGGUAAAUCAAAAUGUCUCGAUGAAUCAGCUGAUGGUUAUGGAAGAUCUGAAGGCAUUUGCUGUAUCGUAUUACAAAAAGCAUCAGAUGCUAGACGCAUUUACUCAACGAUAAAUAAUUGCCGAUCCAAUGCCGAUGGUUAUAAAGAUCAGGGCAUUUCAUUUCCUUCGAUCGAUUUACAACGACAAUUGAUUUAUGAAACCUACACCGAAGUUGGUCUUGAUCCAACCAAAGUAAAAUACGUCGAAGCUCAUUGUACUGGUACUCAAGCCGGUGAUCUUGAACUAAACGCAAUUUACGAUGUUUUUUGUAUUGGUCGAGAUCCAUCAACUCCUUUGAAAGUUGGAUGUUUAAAAUCAAACAUGGGACAUGCUGAAUCUGCAUCAGGUAUUUGUGCUACAAUUAAGGCCAACAUUAUAUUUCAAACAGGUUUGAUUCCUCCUAAUUUACAUUUUAAAACUCCUAAUCCAAAGAUUGAAGGACUAAUGAAUAAGAAAAUUGUUCCAGUUACAACAAUUACUCCUUUCGAAGAUGAAAUUAUUUCACUGAAUUGUUUCGGUUUCGGCGGUGCUAAUGCUCAUGUUAUUCUCCGUGGUCAUAAUGUUCAGUCAUCGGCUGAUGAGUUCAAUUUAACUCUAUCAAAAUUACCUCGAUUAGUAAAUAUCCCUGGUCGUUCAGUUGAAGGCAUAAAAUGUGCCCAAAAUUACCUCGAAUCAUCGGUCAAUAAAUUAACCAGAUCAUUCCUUGAUCUUCUUAAUGGAUAUUCAAAAACUCGUAAAAUGCCUCAUCGUGGAUUCACAUUGAUUGAAGGAGAACCUGGAAAAUAUUCAAUGAAACAUUUUAUUGGAAAUCAACUCGAUUCAGUUGAACGGAAAAAAGUCUAUUUAACAUCAUCAACUACUGCAAUUAACGUUCAUUCGGAUUUAAGAAAAUUGCCUGUUUUCUCCGAUACAAUCAAUAGAUUGACAACUUAUCUCACACCAUUUGGUUUGAAUUUAUUUGAUCUCGUUUUCGGUGAGAUUAGAGUUACCAACUCUUUGGAAUCGAUUGUUACAUCAAUUGCUAUUCAAUUGGCGAUUGUUAAUAUUAAAUCGAUACAAUUAAAUAUCGAUGGAGUUGCGAUUCCAACAAUUGGAUCUUUGAUUUAUCUUUAUGCCAACAACAAGUUGACUGAACAAGAAGUCAUUCUAACGGCUUAUUGGUUUGGACAUUUCGUCCAAAUAAAGAAUCAAUCAAUAAUUAAUCCAACAAUUGAAGUUUUAUCGUCAUAUGAACAAAUUGAACCUCAUUUAUCAGAAGGAAUCAAACUCACAAAGAAAACAUCAGGUAAAUCAUGUAUCAUCUCUGGACAUUAUGAUGAAAUGUUUAAUACAAUUGUCGAUCUACAAAUGGCUAAUAUUAAGGUCAAAUGGCCUAAAGAAUCGCUAGAGAACGAUGAGUUUUUUGAUUUCAAUACGGUUCUGUUUAUGCGUCCAAUUAAAUAUCAAGGAAUCAUUAAUAUGAACCAUUUAAAAAGUUACCUGAUCAGAAAUAUCCUUCAGCCAGAUGAGUACAUUCGUGUGAUUUUAGAGUUGACAGAAUCAGCUUCAUCCAUGAUAGUCAACGCAGAUGAUCAACAUUUCCCGAAAUCAAUUUCUAAUCAACAAAAUUCACCAUCUAAUCUGAUUCGAUAUGAUUUAUCCAACAAAGGGUUUCUAUCUGGUUACAGUUUAUUUACUUGUUUAGGUAAAAUUUACGCUGACCAAGGAAUCGACUAUUGUCUUGAACAUUUAUAUCCAACUGUUAAUUAUCCUGUUCCAGUUGAUACUCUUUCACUUAAUUCAUUAAUCAAAUUUGAUCAUUCGGCUGAUUGGAAAGUCUUCAAAUAUCCUGAACACUUUAAUGACACGCAAGGCUCAACAACUAGUAUAUUUCGAGUUAAUCUUACUGAUUCUGAAGAUUUUUUAGCAGACCACAAGAUCGAUGGCAGAAUACUUUAUCCAGCGACGGGCUUAAUGAUGUUUGUAUGGUACACAGUUGCUAAGUAUUUCGGAACUGUAGUAACACGAUUUCCAAUUGAAUUCCGUGAUAUUAGACUGACUCGAGCUACAGUUUUAACCGAAAAGGAGGUUAAGUUUACUGUUCAGUAUUUACCUUAUAACGGAUCUUUUAGUAUUUCCGAAAGUGGUGCUGUUGUUGCUUUUGGUAAAGCAUUUGGAAACCCAGAUUUAAAUCUGGUUAGAAAUUAUCAUUCUAAGCUUGACAAGGAAUCUCGUGAAUAUUAUCUCAGUAAAGAAGAUAUUUACAAAGAGUUGCGAGUUCGUGGUUACGAUUAUGGUCCACAUUUUCAAUGCAUAAAAUUAGCUUCGAGCUCAGGAUCACAUGGGAAAGUUCAAUGGCGAGAACCAAAUAGUUCGCAAUUAAAAGCUUCAUCCAUGAUAGAAAGAGCACAAGCAGGAUUUUUCAGCUUUCUGAAAACCUGGAUAACAUUUACUGAUUCGGUCUUACAAUUGGCCUUAUUAUUUAAUAAAAAUAACCGUGAUCUUUAUAUUCCGACUGGAUUUCCGUUGUUAAUUUGUGAUCCAUUUUCUAUUAUGCAGACAGUUAAUCGUUUCAAUAGAUCAUCUCAACCCACUAGAACCACAAGUGCUUCAGAAUCAACGAAUGAAAACUCAAUUGGAGAUGAAAGUUUAACUGGAAAUAUAACACAGAAACACUUAUACGCUGAAUUUGAUGUUCAUCAUGAUCCAAUUACACAAACAUUGUCAACUGAUGGUGUUUGGGUCAGAGGGCUCAAUGCAACCGAUACUAAUCGGAGAAACCAAUUAGUUAUUCUUGAAACUUAUGAUUUCACUCCAUUCGAUGAAAGUGGUGCUGUUGAUGAAAUGACCUUACAAUCAAUCGAAUCAUAUUCAUCACUGGUCUUUGGUCUUAUUGAUUUGUUACGAAAAAAGAUUCUAACCUCGAGUGACUGUAACAUUGAUCAGGAAAUUGCAUCAUUAACAAACACCAUUAACCUGAAAAAAGACCAACAUUCAUUGGCUAAUUAUUUGAUCUGUUUGUGUCGAGGAGAAAAACCAACGACAUCAGAAUUUGCCUCUAAACUAUCUGAUGACUUACUGAUUGGUAAAAAUUCCGUUUUUUAUUCGAAUCAACGAUUUUUAAAGCCAUUCGUAAAUACUGCGACACUUCAUGAAUAUUAUGGUGGAGAUAUUGAUUCGCAAUCAAAAAUUGUCGAAAUCAAUGAUACUCAAUGUUUUCUUUUUGAUUCCGUUCAAUCAUUUCUCGAAACACAAUCAUUAGGCUCAAUGAAAGUCGAUUAUACUUUGGUUCGAUCUAAUGUACCUGAAUCAGAGACCGUUGAUAAACUUUCGACUGUGAAUAUGAUUGUUUGGAAUAUCGACGAGUCACCCGCUCCAAGUGAUCUAAGUAAAAACGAUUUAGUUAUUUACAAAAUGACUAAUCAGUCGAUUGAUUCAUUUAUCUCAAAUAUUGAUAAAAUUCAAUCGAUUCUGAAACCCAAUGGUCAUUUGUUGGUAUUGACCAGAGAGAACUCAUCAAACUUAGAAAGUCUCAGAUCAAACCCAUUUUUUCAAAAUCUAUUGAAAGAUUUUCUUCCAAAUUCAAUUGAUUCAAAUUCACUGAUUGAAAAAAUGAAAGAAAAUAAUUGGGUUUGUAUAAGUAAACGAACACUUUCACCUGAUUCGUUACCUUUGGUCGGAUUAAUGUUCAAAAAGUUACCAGAAUCGAUUAAUCUUGAGAAACAUAAGAUUAUCCGAGUUAAUCCAUUUGAAUAUUCUUGGCUCGAUAAUCUCAAGGAUGAAAUAAAAGCCGACGAAGAAUCAAUCAUUUGGUUGGUUAGUCAAAAUGUUUCCGAUGUAAGUGUACUCGGUUUAGCUAAAUGUCUGAGUUUAGAACCUUACGGAUCUCGAAUUCGUUGUGUUGCUCUUCAACCUGGUUCUAAAGGAAUCGAUUUAUCAUCAAUUGAUUUGCAUAGUCCAACUUUCCGUCAACUAAUAACCAAUGAUUGUAAAUUCAAUAUUUAUGAUGAUCAACUUGGAUGGGGAGAUUAUUGUCACUUCGAGAUACCAACUAAACCAGAGACCGAUAGCAAAUGUUUAAUCCAAAGUAAAGAUGCUUAUGUCCAGUGUUUAAUUCCUGGUGAUCUUUCAUCACUUGUAUGGACUCAAUUCAAUCCAAUUCCUGAUUCUAAAAAAGGUCAAUCUCUUGUGACGAUCAACUAUUCAUCUCUUAAUUUCAAAGAUAUUAUGCAUGCGACUGGAAGAUUACCUUCUAAUCUUAAUCCCGAUUGGCGCACUCCUGUAGAGAUGUCAACACCGAUUGGAGUAGAAUAUGCUGGUGUCGAUUCGAAUGGUAAUCGAGUUAUGGGUAUUGUCCCUCAUCGAGCAUUAGCCACUAAACUGAUAAUUGGAUCAAAUGAUUUCUGUUGGUCUAUUCCAUCGACAUGGAGCAUGGAAGAUGCAGCAACCGUACCAGUCGUUUACACAACUGUGAUUUAUAGUCUAUUGAUUCGAGGUGAACUUCGCCAGGGCGAGUCUGUUCUUAUCCACGCAGGAACAGGAGGUGUAGGAAUUGCAGCGAUAAACAUUUGUUUAAGUAUGAAUUGUAAAAUCUUCACAACGGUUGGUUCGGAUGAGAAACGAAAGUUUCUUCAAGAACAAUUCCCUUCACUGGACGAGACGAGUUUCGCUCAUUCGAGAUCAACUUCAUUCGAAGAACAUGUUCUUAGACACACAAAUGGUCGAGGUGUUGAUGUGAUUCUCAAUUCAUUAUCUGAGGACAAACUACAAGCAAGUGUUAGAUGUUUAGCACCGGGUGGUCGGUUCCUUGAAAUCGGUAAAUAUGAUAUGAUGCAGAACAAUAAGAUCAACGUGGGGCUUUUCGAUGAAAAUAAAACUUUCCAUGCUAUUCUGAUCGAUGCGUUCACUAAUUGUUCGAGUUGCUUUGCUGAGAAUGAAAAUAUCACGAAAAAGUACCGAGAGAAAAUCAAAAUACUUGUAAAUAAAGGAAUCAUUUCAGGAAUAGUAAAACCCCUUCCCCGAAAAGUGUUCGCGGCAGAUCAAAUUAUGGAAGCUUUUCGAUUUAUGGCCUCAAGUAAACACAGUGGUAAAGUGUUAAUUAAGAUUAAACAUGAAAUUAGGGAUGAAUAUUCCUCGACAACGAAAACAUCAAAAGUCGUUGAUAAAAUAUUAUCAACUAAAUCGAUCCCAUUAUCAAUCGCAGCACCGCUUUUCUAUCCAAAUAAAGCUUAUAUUAUCGUUGGUGGAUUUGGUGGAUUUGGUUUGGAAUUAGCAUCUUGGUUGGUCAAAAAAGGUGUUCGUCAAUUGGUCCUUAAUUCUCGAUCGGGACCUAAAUCAUCUUAUCAUAAAUUUUCUUUGGAGCGAUUAGAGUCACUUGGUGCUAAUGUCAGCAUAUCGACACAUGAUUUAACUAAUGAACGAGAUUGUUGUUUACUUUUCGAGUCCCUUUUACCUCAUCCAAUUGGUGGGAUAUUUAAUUGCGCUCUCGUUUUGUCUGAUGCUUUAUUAUCCGAUCAAAAUGCUGAAACUUAUGAAAAAGUUUGUUUAUCUAAAAUUAGCAUAACAAAGAAUUUAGAUAAAUUAACUCGCUCGUUGGCUCCAGUUGAUUAUUUCGUUUGCUUCUCAUCAGUCGCUUGUGGACGAGGUAAUACAGGUCAAUCUAAUUAUGGAUUAGCCAAUUCUUACAUAGAAUCGAUUUGUCAAGAGAGAUUCAAACAUGGACUUCAUGGCCUAGCGAUUCAAUGGGGAUACGUUGGUGAUGUUGGAUUUGUUGUUGAAAAAAUAGGUGUUAACAUUGAUUCAGUUCGUGGAACUGCAGCUCAACGAAUGCACUCUUGUUUCUCUGUACUAGAACGAGCAUUAAUCUAUCCUUCUCCGGUUGUAUCGAGUUGGAUUCGAGCAAUCGAUAGGAAAAAGUUUGCAUUUGUAUCUAGAGACAUAAUCAGCUCAAUCAGUCACAUAUUAGGCAUCAAAGAUAUCAAUUCGCUUGAUCCUCAUGUUACUUUAGGUGAACUUGGUAUUGAUUCAUUGAUGGCAGUCGAAGUUCAACAAGUUUUAGAGAAACAGUACAGUAUUUCAAUGAAUUCGAAAGAAAUUCGAGCCCUUACCAUCAUUAAAUUGAAGGAAUUAUCAAACAAAAUAAAAAACGAUAAACAAACAUCAGAAUUAUUAACAAAUAGCAGCUCGAACAUCAAUGAAUUGAAUGGUACGAAAGAAAAGUUUGGAUCACUUUUAUCUCUUCAAGUUCCAGAAGCAAUAAUCAGUAAUCUUAAUGAUUUAGUAAAAUCAAAUUCAUUCAAACCAAUUUAUUAUGUUCCUCCAAUUGAAGGAAAUUAUGAUUUGUUGAAAUGUCUCGUUGAUCGUAUUAAAAGACCAGCACUUGGCCUUAAUUGGACUUACGAUCUUUCCUCUCUUACCUCAGUCGAGUCUGCUGCAUAUUAUUAUGCUGAUUAUCUGACCGAAUAUCAUUUACCAAAUGACAAAUUACACAUGGUUGGCUAUUCAUUUGGAGGAAUUAUUUGUUACAAUAUCGCUUGUGAAUUGGAGACUCGAUUUCUUGGAACCGAACACUAUUUUGAAGGUAAUCACCACACUGUAAUCGGAGCAAAUUUGGACGCAAUCGAUCAAAUAGCAAACAAUUUCUUCAAUAUACAAGAAGAUGAUAUCAUUUUAUAAUUCAUCUCUUGUUCUUUUUCACUUAUUAUUAAUACAUUACGAUCAUUUUUUAAAUUUGAAAAGUGGAAAUAUAAAAAUGAAAGAAUCAGUUUAUCAUGAUGAAAUUUUCUCAUGUUCAAACAACUACUAUUAGAAUAAGUUUAAAAUUAUUUUGAAUAAAGAGCUUGGAGCUCCCGAUUGUCGAUUGCUGUGCAAA